UACUUGAGGUUUCUUUUAAAUUUGUCAACCUAAUUGUUGAUACCGAACAAAAAAAAACUUUCCUAUCUUCUCAAUUUUUCCUUUCCCAAACAUCUGCUAUCGUGUGGGAUAUAAACAUUUUUAGUAAAAGGGGGUUUCUAAAAAGAAAUACAAAUUACCGAUUAAGGGGGUCAAAAAUUCUUGUAGCAGUACAGAUUAAAACUUUAAAGCUUUUGGUUCGGUGUCUUUAAAAAGACUUACAUCAUGUGUAAUCUUCCACUAUAAGUUGUUUUAACUGGUGUCAGGGGCGAACUAGCCCAAAGUGCAGUGCGGGAGGGAAGACACGGACAGCUAAGUGGUUGCAACGUAGCUUUUAUCUGAACUCAGAGUUCUCUCCUUCUAAACAAUAGUUACAAGUGAUAUAUAUUGUAGUAUCUAUUUGUUAAGCUGUUAUUAAUAAACAUGGUUUUCGGGAACAAAGGAGUCAUGAAUAUUGACUCAAUGAUUUUUAAGAUUUACAAGAAGUUGGAGUUUUACUAUAAUAUUCUGUCGAUUGGAACAUAGAGGAAGAGUUAAGGAUAACUGGUUGAAGAUGAUCUGGACGGUCGUUGUCACUAGCAGUGUACCCCUAGAUCUAUACUUGGGAUGUUACAUAGACACCACUGACCGUGAUUUGCCGUACAAUACUGGAUUAUAUUCAGACCUCACGCCAGUUAAAUGCAUCGAAAUAUGUAGAGUUCAAGGGUAUAUUUUUGCCGCUGCUCAAAAUGCAAAUAGCUGUUUCUGUGGUAAUUCGUACGGAAAACACGGCAAAGCAAGUGACACCGACUGUUCUAAGGCAUGUACCGGAAACUCGAACCUUAAGUGCGGAGGUCAGUGGCGAGCAAGUGUCUACAGAGUCGUGACCAAACUAUCACAAUACAUCGGCUGUUAUAAGGAAAGUUCGCGCCGUGACCUUUGGGGAGACAAAUCGGAGCUCAACGGUACGGUCUCUGCGCAGGAUGUUUGCAUUCAGAGGUGCAAGGCAAAGGGAUUCCACUUUGCUGCUAUUAAUGACUACACUGUUUGCAACUGUGGAGUCAGCUAUGGUCGGUACGGGAAAGCAGUCAGCCCGAAAGACUGCAAUCCGAAGUGCAGUGGCGGAGAACAUUGCAGCACAACCAACGCCAACACUAUCUACAGAACAGAAUCUAAAAUUCAACCACUUGCUCGCUAUACUACUGUCGUGUACUCAAUCCCAGAAGGCAGUGUGCCCCUUCUCAGAGACCACGUGAUCUACACUGAGACUUCAGUAAAUAACGUCACCAUCUGUCUACAGUACUGUGAGCUCUUGCCUGCCUGUGUGUCAAUCAAUCACAAUAGUGUUACCAUGGUGUGCGAAAUGAACAACGUGACGUCAUCAACCGGGAGAGGGGCGGCAAGAGAGAACUUCAUCUACUGGGAACCAAUGAAAAUAGACCAUCUGACGUUGCCGCUUCCAUGACUUGCUCAAGUUUUGAUGCCCGGUCCACACGACUCCAUAAUCAUUAUAGUAAGGUUAAAAAGUUACGCAUGCUCAAAAGAAUUUGUGUAACUUUUGAAAUUUUGGUGUGCCACAAAAGAUGGUCUGGACAGCUUUUUAAUUCUACUGUGAUACAGUCGGAUUUAGUUUGGUUGUAUUUUUUAACUUUGUUUUCGUUCUCGCCCAAUUACUAAAGUCGUGCAUGCAUAGAAAGUCAGUUCGGUAGAAAGUAGUAUUUUUAAAUAAAAUUAAAAUGUCUCUUAGAAAUGACUAAGGAAUAUAUCAUUUUCCACUUAACAAAUAGAUAUAAUUUUCGCCUACUUCUGUCCUAUAAUAGAUGGACGUAUGGCGUCGCAGCGUGUAGGAAACAAAAAGUACGCAACGAGACGUAGUCGAGUUGCGUGACUGAUGUUCAUGACACGCUGUGACGUCAUCCUUGCAUCUAUUAGAGGACAGAAGCACAAGACAAUGAGAUCUCUUUGUUUUAUACAACAAUUAAAAUCUAGUUACUAUCUAGUGUUAUGGGAGCGCGCGCCCAUGCUGACGCCGUGCGAGCGUGUGUCCUAUAAUAGCACAUGGACUCUUGACCAAUCAGAGCUUGUGAUUUACGAGUGUCGUUGUAUAAAGUAAUCUACUGUACGUGCUGCACAGAUUGUUUGACCUCUAUAAUAUUCUGGUAUGUUAUGGUAUUCUCGUAGAUUAUGGUAUUCUAUUCUGGAUUCCGGUAGAUUUGUGCGAGAAGUUAUAUGGUACUAUCACGUCUGUCCGUGGGCGCAGUGGAGUGAAACUCUUUUUAAUAUCACUUAGCUGAAGAUAACAUAUCAGCACAAUUACGAUUCCUAUAUUAGGGUUGGUACUAAUGAAACAUACGCACUAGCUUAUAAGUAAUAAUUGACGCACUUUGCUGUAAAAUCUGACUUUGUAUUAUAGCGGUCAAACUUUGUAAUUAAACUUGACGCACAUAACAAUAAACGCAAAUGCCAAAA